GGCCACGCCCCCACCUUGGGACCAACCCGGAAGCGGCCUUACUCCUUAGGGGAAGAUGGCGCCCUCGGGGCUGAAGGCGGUGGUGGGGGAAAAAAUUCUAAGUGGCGUUAUCCGGAGUGUUAAGAAGGAUGGCGAGUGGAAGGUGCUCAUCAUGGAUCACCCAAGCAUGCGGAUCUUGUCGUCCUGUUGUAAAAUGUCAGAUAUCCUGGCAGAGGGCAUCACCAUUGUGGAAGACAUCAACAAACGGCGAGAACCUAUUCCCAGCUUGGAGGCCAUUUAUUUGCUGAGCCCCACGGAGAAGUCGGUUCAGGCCCUGAUUGCAGACUUCCGGGGGACACCGACCUUCACAUACAAAGCAGCCCAUGUCUUCUUCACUGACACAUGCCCUGAGCCCUUGUUCAGUGAACUGGGCCGCUCUCGCCUCGCAAAGGUGGUGAAGACACUGAAAGAGAUCCACCUUGCCUUCCUCCCCUAUGAGGCCCAGGUGUUCUCUCUGGAUGCCCCACACAGCACCUACAAUCUUUACUGCCCAUUCCGGGCAGGGGAGAGGGCACGGCAGCUUGACGCAUUGGCCCAGCAGAUAGCUACACUAUGUGCCACCCUUCAGGAAUACCCAUCCAUUCGCUACCGCAAGGGUCCAGAAGACACAGCCCAGCUGGCCCAUGCUGUCCUGGCUAAGCUGAAUGCCUUCAAGGCAGACACUCCGAGCCUGGGAGAGGGCCCAGAGAAAACACGCUCACAGCUACUCAUAAUGGACCGGGCAGCAGAUCCUGUAUCUCCACUGUUACAUGAACUCACAUUUCAAGCCAUGGCCUAUGAUCUUCUGGACAUCGAACAGGACACAUACAGGUAUGAGACCACAGGACUGAGUGAGUCCCGGGAGAAGGCUGUACUGCUGGAUGAAGAUGAUGACCUGUGGGUGGAGCUUCGACACAUGCACAUAGCAGACGUUUCCAAGAAGGUCACAGAGCUCCUGAAGACUUUCUGUGAGAGCAAGCGGCUGACCACAGACAAGGCCAACAUCAAAGACUUGUCGCACAUCCUGAAAAAGAUGCCUCAGUAUCAGAAGGAACUGAACAAGUAUUCUACACACCUGCAUUUAGCAGACGACUGCAUGAAGCGUUUCAAAGGCUCGGUGGAGAAGCUGUGCAGUGUGGAGCAGGACCUGGCCAUGGGCUCUGAUGCCGAGGGUGAGAAGAUCAAGGACGCCAUGAAGCUGAUUGUCCCGGUGCUGCUGGACGCUUCAGUGCCGCCGUACGACAAGAUCCGGGUCCUGUUGCUCUACAUCCUUCUUCGGAAUGGCGUGAGUGAGGAAAACUUGGCCAAGCUGAUCCAGCAUGCCAAUGUGCAGGCCUACAGCAACCUCAUCAGGAAUCUGGAGCAGCUGGGUGGCACCGUCACCAACUCUUCGGGCUCAGGGACUUUCAGUCGGCUGGAGCGGAAGGAGCGCAUGGAGCCCACCUACCAGCUGUCCCGCUGGUCCCCAGUCAUCAAAGAUGUGAUGGAGGAUGUGGUGGAGGACCGGCUGGACCGAAAGCUGUGGCCCUUCGUGUCUGACCCUGCCCCUGUGCCUAGUUCUCAGGCAGCUGUUAGCGCUCGUUUUGGCCACUGGCAUAAAAACAAAGCUGGUGUCGAGGCUCGGGCUGGGCCCAGGCUCAUUGUGUACAUUGUGGGUGGUGUGGCCAUGUCUGAAAUGAGGGCUGCCUAUGAGGUGACCAGGGCCACUGAAGGCAAAUGGGAGGUGCUUAUAGGCUCUUCACACAUCCUCACUCCAACACGCUUCCUCGAUGACCUCAAGACCCUGGAUCAGAAGCUGGAGGACAUGGCCCUGCCUUGACUCAGCCCCUGCCCCUGUGCUCCUCUGUUUUUGAGAAAUAAACUCCCCCCUCUGUCUUUC